CUGGCAAGCAGACAAUACUCUCAGAAAUAUCGAAUGAAGCAGCUUCAAUAUAUCAUGGAACUAGAAAUGGAAGUGAAAGCUCUGCAGGCCGAAGUGGCGAUCAACGGGCCGAGGAUUAAGUAUACUGAUCGUCAAAACACGCUGCUGAGAGUAGAAAACAAUUCAAUGAAGCAAAAGCUUUCCAACUUUUCCACCGAACUUAUGUUCAAAGAAGCUGAAUUCGAAGAACUGACGAAUGAAAGAGACAUGCUGAAGCAGUUGUUUGAGAGUUAUCAGAAGCAUCAGCAAGUGCCAGAUCAGUUGUUCAGAUCAAGCUCUGGAAAUUAUCAGUUUCCGAAUAUGGGAUUGAACCAAGUACCUGAGGAGACUCAUGAUGAUUUUUUGCAAAAUGGGAUGCCACAGAUGAUGAACCAGAACCUGAACCUAAACGAGAAUCAGAACCAGAACUCGAACCAACUAAUUGGGAAUAAUGCAGAAUUUAUGGAGUACAUGAGCUCUCUGAGCCUUGACCCGGCCUCCUACAACUUCCUGUGAACUUUCUAGUACUAGUAUUGGCUUGUCCCGGGAUGUUAUCUAGAUUUAUCCUAUCUUUUUUAAAAUAAAAAUAAAAAUAAAAAACUAGCGGGGACGAAGCUAGCAAUUUGAAUUUAGAUCAUCGAGGAUUAGGCUGCACUAUAUUUUUGUGGGGACAAGAUUAAUAUAUACAAAGAAAAAACAGGAAACAUAUCCAAGUUUAUCUAAACAAUUUUU